UUUUACGAAUGAAGCCAUCAGAUUAGAGGAAGGUCUCCUCGGGAGGAACGUUUGCCAUGAAGAUUUGGGAUGAAAGAAAAGAGAUCCCCGUUUCCGGCGUGCUUUCGUUUCGACUGUAUUAUGUUUUUUUCUCAAAAUGACAUUCAUAAAAGCUCAGCAUCGUCCAUUUGCGGGGGGGAUCAUCGCCGAGUGUUGUAACGAUCGAUUUAAAGAUGGCGAGUUUCCAAAGGGACCAUUGGUUCUUGGUCGUCCUACGAUGCCUCUUACUUUUUGGUUUAAUUGGAAAGGAGGCGGCCGCCGAACGAAACAAAUUUUAUCAUAUAUCAACAUUGUGUGUGAGAGAGAGAUACCAUCCACUUUAUAAGAUGAUUGAUGGUGCUGUAUUAACAUCAGAGGGCGAGAACAAGCUUGAAUGUGUGAUCACCUUUCAAACCGAUUCCAUCCUACAACGUUUUAUGCUAAGGUUUGAAAGACUUGCUUUGGAUUGUAAUGAUCACCUCUACAUAUUUGAUGGAGCACAUACAUUAGGAAAACAUGAGGUUGAUUUAUCUUGCCGGAGUACCAGAGCAAACGUAGGGACCAUUUUUACUCUCAGUAGCUUUGUUACACUUAAAUAUGAGACAGAUAGCUGGAGUCCUGCUGGAAAUGGAUUCAAAUUAAUUAUCACUGCCGUUAGAAAUUCACAAUUUGGAUGUCGAGAUUUUCACUGCCUCAACACUUUUUGCAUAUCACAAGACUUAACAUGUGAUAGAGUUAACCAUUGUGGAGAUAAUAGUGAUGAAACAAGUUUUGCAUAUUGUGUUGACGAUACAAAUGGUGGCCAAAUUCUCGGACUCGGGGUAAGUGUAUUUGUUGCUGUUGUUGUGAGCAUAUUCAUUGUGUGCUGUGUAUGCGUAAUUGGCACAGCUGUCUGUUUAUGUCGAAGAGAACCGCUUCAGCCUCGUCAUCCACCGACAGGACAUGUCACAUACCCUACCGAUUCCAGGUUCCGCAAGUCACCCGAGCCAUUGGAAGAGGAACGACACCCAUACCUGGAAAACACAUGCCUAUAUCUCCGAGGCGUCGUACUCGGAUACAGUGUUCUCGAAGAAAACGUCUUCUGUCCUCCAAAACGAGAUCUAGUCAAUGCCGGUCUGCAAGACAACUACCACAGCCACCACGCACAGAAUGGCUGGUUUAAUAUAAUUGGCUUUUGUAGUUAUUAAUUGCUUAAUAAUAUACUAUAUCCUGUUGAUUAGUAAUAAGAAUAAUUUAUUUUAUAAAUGAAUUUUAUAGUUUUUAAUUUUCCAGAAUAUCAUCGUGUCGAACGAAAUAUUUCAU